GCUUGGAAUACUUCUACAUGGGCUAAGAAACACGAAAGAGUGAAAACAAGAGCUACAGUUCUAUUUGAUCAAAACUUUUGGCCUCACAUUGCUUACUGUGUGAGGAGUGUUACUCCUUUAGUGAGUGUUCUACGGGAAGUUGAUUCAGAAGAGAAGCCUUGUAUGGGAUAUAUGUAUCAUUUGAUGACUAAGGCUAAGGAAAAUAUAGCUUUCAAUUGUGGUAAUAACGAAAAAAAGUAUGGUCCUAUUUGGAGAAGAAUAGAUGAAAGAUGGACGAGCCAACUUCAUCGUCCAUUACAUGCUGCGGGGUAUUAUUUGAACCCGCAAUUGCCAUUUAAAAAUAAAUUCUCUGAUGAAUUUGAAAUCAAAGAAGGUUUACAUAAUUACAUAGAAAGGAUGUUAGAUUAUGAUGAGAGAUUAAAAGUGGAUAUCCAGUUAGAUUCUUACGAUCACUUGAGAGGCGAUUUUGGGAGCCAGUUAGCCAUGGAUUCAAGAAAGAUGUGAUCUCUUGCUGAUUGGUGGAUGCGCUUUGGAGGUCGAACUCCAGAGUUGACAAAAUUUGCUAUUCGCGUCUUAAGUCUGACUUGUAGCUCCUCGGGCUGUGAAAGAAAUUGGAGUACCUUUGAGUCGAUUCAUACGAAAAAAAGAAAUAGGCUUGAGCAUUGCAGGAUAAAUGCUUUAGUUUAUGUAAGAUAUAAUACAAGAUUAAGAGAGUGGAGCAUCAAAAGAAAAAUGCACAAGAUUGAUCCUAUUUUGGUUGAUGAAGUUGAUUCGGAUGAUGAAUGGAUUACUGAAAGAGAAGAUCCUGUACUUCCUGAAGAACCUUCGUGGCUUGACGAGGAGAACUUAUUUGAUGUCGAUGUUAUUAAAAUGGUGUCAUGUACUCCGUAUGAGGAUGAGCUUAUAAAUGAUACUACAAUUGAUGUCGGUAGUACACAAAAUACAAGUGAAUCUGGUCCUUUUAACAAAAAGCAGAAAGUAGCUGAAAUUUCAGAUUUACAGAGGGGCAAUUCUUCUUCACAAGUUCAAAUAGAUGAAGGACUGCAAGAUGUGGAUAUUGUUGAUGAAGCAAGAUGGACUAAUACAAACACUCUGAAUUUGAAUGACGAUGAACUCCACUUUGAUAGCGAUUGACUGUGUCUGUAACAAACCUUGUCCCUCUUUUUUUGUUUUUUUGUUUGUUCGUUUGAUAUUUUUUUACCUGAAUGAGUUUAUGGAAUUAAUAGAAAAACUCUCAUCUUGUUUUGGAGGGGGAUUUUAGCUGUAUCAGUUUAUUACCAAGUUGUUAUACCAAGUUGUGCAUCCACAUUUACCACAUCUGCAACAUUUUCUACAUUAUUUUGAACCACAGAAGUAUAAGAUACUUGCAACCACUGCUUUUGUACUAAGUCACCAACUGCAUUUUUCUAUUUGUUGUACUAAGUCACCAAUCGCUUUUUUCUAUUUGUUGCGGUGCCUUUUUGACCUUUUUGCUCUCAUGGAUGAAACCUACUCUCAAGAAAAUAGGCUAGAUAAAGUGUAUUUUUUGAUCACCGAAUGUUGAAUUCUUCAUUUUGUUCCCAAAUGGGAGUUGAUGUAUUUAUGCUGAACUUUCAUAAGCAAACUUGUGCUUGUAAGUAGUGUAUAAUGGAUUGUUUUGACU